AUGAGGCACUGGAAGCUACUCGGCAGCUGGGUGCUAAUCCUAGCCAUCUGCGUGGGUCUUGUCCAGCCCUCGCUACUGCAGCUUAAGAAGAAGAUCCUCUUCGGCCAUGGCGGCGGUGGCAACGGUGGAGGAGGCCACGGUGGAGGCGGCGGACAGCAGUGGGGCGGUGGCGGCGGAGGUCAUCCUGCCAGUGGCGGAGGAGGCGGAAGUGGAUCGUUUGCCAGCAGCAGCGCCAACAGCUACGGAGGAGGCGGCGGAGGUAACAACGGCGGCGGCUGCAACUCGUGCGGUGGAGGAGGUGGAGGCGGUGGCAGCAAUGCCUAUGCCAAGGCCUCGGCCAAUGCCUACGCAGGCAGCUGGUAG